AUGAUGCUCCUUCUGGCCCUGCUCCUUCAGAUCUUGGCGUUUGACGCCAUCAUUGAUCUAGGAUGCGGGACAUAUCAGGUUGGUACGCUUAAAAAGAGUGCUGUCGGCAAUCCAGUGGAUAUGAUUCUUAACUCGCAAUCUAAGCGGCAUACGCCUUCUCUCGUUGCAUAUGACGGAGAAGUCUUUUUUGUGGGCGAGUAUGCGGAGAUCUUUCAGAAACGCAAACCCGGGCUUGUCUUCUCUGGAUUUACUGCAGGAGUCAUGGAAGACGCUUUAAACUUUGCAAUGGACCCUGACGCCUCAGAGCUCAGCGUUUUUAAGGGGCAGCCAGCGACAACUCUCCUCACUGCGCUCAUCAACCACCUUGUUCAUUCUCAGAUUAAUAGACCCAACGAAACCAUUGAUGUCACGCUUACAAUUCCUCCGGGCCUCACUCUCCCGGAGAUCUCAGCCAUCCGGGGCGCCAUUGAAGCGGUUCCUGGAGUAAAGCUCCUCACUACUGUACCAAUUCCGGUGGCAACGGCUAUUACCUAUUUGAGCUCACGGAUGGGGACGAUUAACAGGACGACAGUUUCUUCUAUGUCUUUUGUGGUUGUGGACCUGGGAUAUCACAGCACAGACGUCUCUGUCGUGGAGGCUCUUUUUAAGCCAGACUCAACAGAUGUUCAGAUGCGUGUUGUGGCGACCAGCAGCUUGAAAGUAGGUGGUCAUGCGGUAACAGAAGCACUAAUUGAGAAGUAUAUCAGCCCAAACAUUCCCGGGCUCUCUUUCAGAAAGGAUCUGCGGAAGUACAAACGGGCAUACGAAGCUAUCGAGAGGAGCAAAACCGCCCUUUCUGCUAAUACUGAGACACGCAUGGUGGUCGAAAGUGUCUUGCAAGAUGGAGGGGAUCUUCAUGUUACGCUACUGCGUAGCCAGCUGAACGAUCUAUUGGAUGAGAUGUACAACGAGACAGCAAUGCAGCAGUUUGCAGAACUACGUGCAUUGGUGGCUGAAAAAUAUAAGGACUCCAUUUUCUACUUCUAUGGUGCAGCGUCUCGCGCACUCCACAUGCAAGCAAAAAUGGAGCUGUUCUUUAACACAAGCAUCCAGAAGACAGUUAAUCUGGAUGAGGGGGCGAUAUACGGUGCUGCCCUCAUAGCUGCGCGAUAUGGGUCCGGUCAUCGUGUUAGUUAUAAAUUCAUUCCCAGCGAUCAAACGCGGCCUCAGCUCUUUUAUAUUCCCAAUAGACCGACGACCGAGGAAAGCGAGCAUCUAAGUAACAACAGUGUAACGUCCAUCCCGCUAAUGAGGCUUAAUCCUUACCAACGUAAAAGCAUCAAUAACGAAAUAUUUCCAUAUUUAGAUGACGAAUUCAUUGUAUCUAAUCAAACUAUCACUAUCAAUCUUGAGAAAGAGGUCGAUGUAGAGAUUGAUGACGCAGCCGAAGAAACGAAGGGGCAUGCCUUGGAAUCUGACGAAACCUCCCUUGGAGAUGAUCUAGACACAGAUGUGGCCGAAGGAGAGCCAUUUGACGUAGCUCAAGACCCCUCAGCAAACAGUGAGCGCUCAGAGCAACAGGAGCAGUCGGAAAAGGUAUACGAAGACACCGAGCUGCCUCUCAAUGAAACAGAUAUCGCUGAACGGCUGAAGAAGGCCCUUGAAAAUAUAUCGCUAGAGCUACCUGAGAAGAAGAAAGUGCAAAAAACAAUCUCCAUCACUCCUCAUAAUAUUACUGCGAAGUGGAUCUCCACAAAAACCACUCCUUUUUAUCAGAUAAACAUAAGUGCUGGAGACCUCUUAUCGAUUGGCUGCAACUUCUACCUCCCAGAGUUCAAGCAGGAGUCUGUGCUGAGCAAAUAUUCCACUGGUUCUGUUGUCAAAGAGAAGGACCUUGCGCAACUAGAAAAGGACGUUUCUAAUUAUAAUGCAAAGAUUGAGCUUAUAACAGAGGCUCUAAGGCAGUAUCUCAAAUAUCCUCGACCAACAGCAACGAACAAGAAGCAGCGAAAAGAUGACAUGCAAGACACAAGGGACAUACGUGUUAAGUUUUUGGUUAACAUCACAACAGAUUCUGCAUCCAUACCAUCUAUUAACUUUGCAGCAAUCCAGGUUCAAAAUUGGUCCGAUUAUAAUGCCGAGCUUCAAGAGCUUAUAAAGGCCAAGAAGACAGACAAGAAACCUAAGGCUAAAGUUAAGGCCGUGGAUAUAGAGUUUGAGAGGAGGUGCCACGUGACCUUCAGCCCGGCGUUUUGGAACGGAACAGAGGUCUUUGCCAAUGGGUAUAAGCUCAUAGAAGAUGCAAAUAAGGUGCUACAGAACAGAAACCACUUGAGUCACAGCGUAAAUGAAAUAGAAAGCGUCAUAUAUGCCGCACGUGACCUGCUGGAGAAGCACCCACCGAGUAAGAUGGACGAGGGCGACGUCUUACUUUAUGCGAGCGAGGGUGAGUCUAUCGUUAAAGCGAUUGACUCUGCCAAGCUUUUCAUGGAAGAAUUGGAAGAGAAGGAACCGUGUGGCGUUAACAACACCUGUGUGGUAGAGCGACUGACAUCGACUAACGAGACUGUCAGUGCACUGCGCAACGCCAUGAAAGUCGUUUCAGAUAGGCUUGCACACAUCAAAUGUAUCGUCCCUCUUCGCGAGAGCUUUGGUAGCUAUAUUGCAGACCGGAAUUAUUCCGUCAAUAGCCUAAGAGCAUACUCGAGGCUUCUGAAGGCAGAUACAGCCGGAGAGGAAGGAACUGAAGCAGCAAAUAUUGCAGUGAGCGACAACGUCAUCAGCGAGCUGGCUAAACUUAAUGAAACCAUGAACUCUUUGAAUCUGACGAUGACAUUGAACACUACGGUUGAUCAGCUCAGGGAGCUCCGUGACACAGAGCUCAUAUGUCGCACAAUGACUACACUGGAUAUUGACUCUCUAGUCAAGGACUACCAGGACGAAGAGGAGAAGCUAGAAACGGAGAAGCUGGAGGCAGAAAAGGAGCAAAAGAACAAAUCAUGGUUCAAAAAGAUGAUCGGCAAAGGAGGCUCUGAGAUAGAGGAAAAAGAGAAAAAGAUUCUCUACACAAAAGAUGUCAUUCGCCGUUUGAAACGUGCGAAGAUAGACUGUGGUACAUUCACGCGAUCUGCGGACAGACUGAGAACAAAAAUAGAUAAUGUCGCAGACUUGCAUAAAAAGGCAUCAGAUCUCUAUGCAAGCAUCACUGCAGAACUUCAGAUGAGGCCAGAAACUAACUGCACGGUAGUCAAUGAAACCCGCACUGAUCUGGACAAAGCCAUCCGGGAAGCUCGCUGGCAAAUAGCCCAUACCCAGGAGAUUGUAAAGAAUACAAAGCUGGCCUCGCUGACAAACGAAAUACGGAAACUGAACGAAAAGGCCCAGAACCACCUUUCAUAUGCCAAAACGCUAUUUCAGCUUCUAAGAUCCAUCUCAGACGUCAAUCUAGAAGAUAUCACACAAGAUGUCCAGGGAAAACUCGACGAACUGGUUAUUCUUCUUCGCAGAUUGCGCGUCACAACUGUGUCAGAAAAACUGCUGGAGUAUCUUAAAAAUGGAGGGAUUGCAGAGCUGAAAGAGCGCAACGCCUUUGCAGAGGAGCCAUCAGAGGCAACGUUUGAAGAAUACAACUCCAACGUAACGUCUGUGUUGAAAGCUGCUUUGUUGCCAUCACCUUCCGCAAAUGAAACUGUUGCUGAUACGGCCAACAAAACUACAAUUAACGCUACCAGCACCAAAAAGGAAGAGCUGUAA